AUGGAUCUUUCCGGAACCCCUGGAGUUUCGGCUCCUAAGAUCGCUAAUGAUGGUGACAAUGAUGUCGCUCCUGAGAGCCAGCCCUCUCAGUUCCUUCUUAUUCGUGGUCUUGAGGCGUCUGUUACAGAGGAGCUUCUUGCAAAAGGAGUUUCCAAACUGUACCGGCCAUCUGGCAACAAUGAGAGCGCCUCUGAUAAUCAAAAGAAGGGAUCAAAGGUAGCAUCGACCACUGGUGACAGCAACCUGGGAGCGCGUGACGGCUCUCUCCGUCGCGUGCUCCUUGUGCGUGAUCGCAGAACCAAUGCCAGCUGGCGCUACGGAUUCGCAGAAUUUGCAGGAAUUAAAGAUGCACAAGCCGCAAUGGCGCGACUUAACUCUUUCGAAAAAUUUACAAUCUCUUCAAAGCCGGUGUUGGUGACCUACAUUCACGGCGGAGUAUUUGUUCCAGUCAUGAAUGCCACAUCCGGUGCUAGCUACUACACAUUCAGCCCGUCUAACAACCCAUCGCUGAAGUUGAUGUACUGGGAUGAUGCAGCGUACGUGACGGAACUCGUUCUGUCAACCGCGGAAGAUGAUGCCACCCAGGAGCAGAAGGCCAACAAGACAAUUUCCAGCCAUGGAGACGGCCAAGCUAAGGGCACAAAGGACUCCGAUAAAGGAAAGAAGAGAAAAGCCGAUGCUUCGACUAGUGCGAAUACCAAGAAACUUGCAAUGCCAUCCCAGCUCCAAUUCUGGAGUGACCGUCACGCUGAACUACAUGGAAUCAAUCGAGAUGAUGCCGGAAACCCCGUUGAGGGCUCGAACUCAGCAGCCCCAGCGACCGAGUUGACCGCUACGAUCACUGAACUGGCUGCCCCGGCGACUGAAUCAUCUGCUCCACGGGCUCCGUCAUUUGCAGACUGGGACAAGCUCCGCUGCUACUUGUGUAUGCAAGAUCUUGUGAAUGAUGGACAUCUCAGAUACCACGAGCGCACCAGUGAUAUCCAUAGUGAAAACCUGAAGGACGUCAAACUGAGGGAACUCGGUGUGUGCUGGUUGAUUAUUUACGGUGUCAUCCCCAUGCCGACUCCAAACUACGAGGGCAGCAGAGACGAAUACCGCGACGCACUUGAGCGAGAAUAUUCUAUUCCUCCAACCCCUCGAUCAUUCGCAGACUUAAAGCGGAACUGGUGCCUGUUGUGCUUCAGCAAGUUUGAUACCCCAGAAGAGCUCUACGCACACGACCGCGUCAGUGAACACCACCGAAAGGAACUGAAAGAUGAGAAGGCGGUGAAGUGGGGCUUGAACCAGCUCAAAGAGGCGGGCAUCGCUCAGGAUAUCGUGCAGGCGCCUGCGGAAUACCGAGACCGUGCAAAGGAGCGUCGUCAGGCAUUCGGGCGUGAAGAUGUCAAUGCCCGCCAGAAGGCCCUCGAACCAGAAGAAGCGGACGAGACACCCGUGCAGACUACCUCGAUCGGUGCUUCUCUUCUCACCAAGAUGGGCUGGUCCGAAGGAUCUGGCCUUGGUGCUCAAGGAACCGGCGUGACCGAGCCGAUUCCCACUGAAAUCUAUGCCCAGCGUGUGGGACUGGGGGCGCAAGGAAGUCGACUGGGUGAGGCAACUGAGGAAGCUGGCCGGAACACUAGGGGUCGGUACGACGAAUUUUUGGAGAAGACCAAGGACGCCGCACGCCAGCGCUACGACGAGAUGGACCGUUCCUGA